AUGGCUUUGCAGAACUUUGACCCAGAUGCGUUCUUUGAAGAUUGGUCCGAAGAAAAGUACUCUCCAUCUUGCAGUGGGAAGGUUCUCGCGCAAUGUAUAGGGGAGUCAUUCGGCAUCCCGCCUACAGACAAAUACGUCUAUCGGGCACAAGCAGAGACCACACUGCAUGCCACACAGAGAGCUAUCGAAGCGAAAAGAAGCCAUGGAUUGCAUGGAUGGUAUCAUGGCAAUGGUGGAAAACCUAUCGAACCACCUCAUCCCUCCCUAGAAGAAAUCCAAGCUUACACAUCCCUCUUCUCUCCCCAAAACAACCUCCCCACAGCGCUCAACAACUUCGCCAAAUCGGCAAAAGCCGACACCCUCCGCAAAAGCAUAGGAAGUCACCUAAACGACCGGCUCUUCAACAAGUCCACCAAUCUGAUUCCUUCAAAAAGAGAUCCCAAGAAACCAGCUCGACAACACAAGAACCCUUAUCUGGAUCUCUGGAAGUACUCGUGUGAGGAACUGGAGUGGGCUGGUCCUUUACCAUCGACUACAUACACCCGUAUAUCUCAUCACAUUCUGCCAAUUUUCUACCAUCACUUUGGCUGCGUAGUGCCCUCAUAUGCCGCCCUGCAUGUCCUAGCCAAACUGGCUCAGCCAGCGAAACCGGCCAAAGAAGAUGUGCUCCCGAUCUUGGACAUUGGCAGUGGAAACGGGUAUUGGACUUACAUGUUACGCAACUUCCCGAUCGCUCACAUCGGUACCUCCAAGCCACUCGAUGUACGUGCCAUCGAUAACCAGAUCAGCGAGUACCGCGUCUCCUGGAUCAAAGACACUAUCAUCACAGAUGGCAAGGAGUAUCUGAAGAAACACGAUGGUGGCCAAGGUUGUGUUCUGUUACUCGUCUAUCCCCAGGCUACAGGUGGUUUCACAGGUCCAUUACUCAAAGCUUUCCAGGGUGACAGGAUAGUAGUUGCGGGAACGCAGAAUGGGAAUGGAUUUACUGGGUUUCAGGAUGUGAUUGUGGAUGAGUGGGUAGAGAAGAAUCUCAAGGCAUUUGAGCUGACAUUGAGGAUGCCGUUGCCGAGUUUUGCGGGCAAAGACGAGGCACUUUUUGUGUUUGAAAGGAAGAAGUAG